UAUUCCAAACAGACUCCAUGUUCCACAUUCGAUGCAGUAGAAAUUAAUGGAGAUGAUUGAGAAGAAAUAAAUCAUAUAAAGAACAGUGUGCAUAAAAACCUCCUUCACCUUGUUCCAAUCCCUUGUUUUUCUCUCAUCAUCUUCUUUCCAACUAUAAGUUUUUUUUGUUGUUGUUGUUGUUGGGAUAUGGCUCGUCUAAGGCUAGGAAAGAAGUUUGAUCCUGCCAAGAAGACUUGGAAGAGAAUCUCCAACAAAGUGCAAUCAAAAGUUCACAAACUCUACAUUCCGAAAGCCAUAGAAGCCACCUUCAAACGCCUCAUCACCAUCUUGCACACCCUUCCUCACCUCAUUCCCUCAAGGGAUCGUCGCUCUCUCUCUUCGAAGAAGAACAUAUCUUCCGUACGCAUAGAUAACCUCUUUUGUCAUGAGCCUUCUUGUUCUUGUUCUUCUUCUGUGAUGAAUGUGCAUGCACAUGCACAUCAAGAGGAAAGAAGCAGAGGCAAAGAGGUGAUGAUUGACAAUGGUAUCAUGGAUACUAUAGAGGAUGCAUGGAAGGCUUUGGUUGCUAAGACAAACGAGAUGCAGGUGGAUCAGAAGGCAGAGGAAUUCAUUUCCAAGUUCCGUGAAGAAAUGAGGCUUCAGAAAGAGAGGUCUUUGCAGGAAUUUAUGGAAAUGCUAGCCCGAGGUUGCUGA